AUGGUGCCGAAAGCUACCAAGAGCUUCCCCAAUCCAGCAUCAUCAUCUCAAGAUACUCCAGAAUCGAAUCUGCCUGACUCGCGGCCAUGGUCCGACUGGACUGAAAGAGACACCAUUGCUGUCAUCAGUCAACCUGUCGGCCAGUCUUGCGCAGUCGUCGGAGGCAUCAUGGCUGCUAGAGCGAAGUACAUGGGCGCACAGGGCCUGGUGGUAGACGGCAGAGUACGUGACGUGGUUGCAUUGAACGAAACACAGCUCCCCAUCUGGUCAAAGGGCACAAGCAUCAUCGGCGCUGGAGCGGAGACCAAGUUCCACGCCCGCAAUGUGGCGGUCAAGAUUGGUGAGACAACUGUCGAGGCAGGAGAUAUUAUUAUGAUUGAUCCGUUCGAGAACGGGGUUGUCGCAGUGCCGCAAGGAAAGGUGGACGAGCUGUUGGCCAUCUUGCCUGAUAUGGUUGAAGCAGAUGAGAAGGUUAUUAAAGAUGUCGAGGCGGGCGUCAGCGUGCAGGAAGCUUUCAAGACACAUCCAACAAUGGGUAUCACCGACUUCUUCACUGACGUUUGGGAGACGUUCUCCCACCCAUCGCCCGACGCCGAGGUCCAGGGCGGCUCCUCCACCAAGUCACCUGCUUCCGGCACCGACGAGGAAUCGAGCGCAGAGGCCGAGGUCAACAAGCAGGACGCAAAGAAGGGCGGUGACAGCGGCGAGCAGGGACACAAGCCAAGCGGAAAGGGCAGCGACGACGACGACGAGCCCGAGGAGGAAGAGGAGGAGGAGGAGACACCGGACCCAAAGGAGACGCUCGAGAAGGAAUGCGCCGAGUCCAAGGAAUGCCACCCCGCAAAGCACCACUACGAUGAGUGCGUUGAGCGCGUAACAGGCCAGAUCGAGAACGAUGGCAAGGCCUCAGAGGACUGCGUUGAGGAGUUUUUCCACCUGGCUCACUGCGCAACUCAAUGUGCCGCACCCAAGCUCUUCGCCCAGCUCAAGUAGACGUAGCAUCGAUAGCAAUCGACCGCCAUAUCCCAUAUCCACACACGACCCGAUACGGACGGCACGCUUCUGGAACUGAAGGAUAUGACAAGAUGCAUACUGGAUGACUGUAAAUACAGAAGUCAUGUUUAGAAUACUGUACUAUUUCCUCAUCAAGCCAAAUCAUCACAACACAACCAU